AUGGUGCCGGAGUCUGGGAUGACCUGGAUCCCAGACCUCUAUUCGAUAUAUCCGAGUCUGAGGGUUAUUCAGAAUUACGCCUACAAAUCACAGAAUCGUGUACUGGUUUCAAAGGGGACCUGUGUCCUACAGACUGGCCUGCACACUCCUGUAGGCCUCUGUUUGGCUGGAUUCUUCUGCCCCACAGGAUCCUCAAAUCCUAGUGCUGUGCUUUGUCCUCCUGGACACUACUGUCCCCGAGGCACACCGCUACCCCUGCCCUGUCCACAAAGCACAAUGUGUAGAACUGCUGGUGCAUCCAGUGCAGAAGAUUGCCUUGAAUGUCCACCGGGAUAUUUCUGUGAGCGAAGAGGCCUAACUGAGCCCUCUGGUCUGUGCUCUGAGGGCUAUUACUGCCCUGGAGGACAGAAUACAUCCAGACCACCUGAGUAUGUGUGUAGUGCAGGCCACUUCUGUGAAAGGGGCAGCCUCAUGGAGAUGCCAUGUUUCCCAGGUAGCUUUCAGCCCAGUCUUGGCCAGAAUAGAUGUGAACUGUGCCCUGCCUCCUUUUUCUGCCCUGAGAACGGUAUGACACACCCAUUCCCGUGUCAGCCUGGAUUUUAUUGUCCGAUCGGAGCAUCCAGUCAACAUCCAUGUCCUCCAGGCAGUUAUGGGAACCGGUCUGGAUUGGCCGAGUCUUCUGAAUGCUCUCAAUGUGACCCUGGGACCUAUUGUAUUGGGUCAGGAGAUGUGUCACCAACUGGCCCUUGCAGUGCUGGAUUCUUGUGUUUUGGAGGAGCCGUCACUCCCAUCCCAAAUGAUAAUGAGACUGGAAUACCAUGUCCAUCUGGAUCGUAUUGUCCAGCCGGAAGUUUUGCUGCAAUACCUUGUCCCAAGGGCACAUUUAGCAAUCUGCAUCAACUAUCCAACAUAAGUCAGUGCCAAAACUGUACAGCCGGGUUUUAUUGCUCAGAACCAAGCCUGACCUCAAUCAGUGGACCCUGCUUAUCAGGGUUUUACUGCAGUGAGGGAUCUCCGACUCCAGCUCCUCUGUCAGCCGUUUAUGGCGAUAUUUGUCCUCCUGGUCACUAUUGUGAGAUUGGUAGCGCUGUGCCAACUCCCUGUCCAGUGGGCACCCAGCGCUCUGAUAGCGGGGGAAAGGGCACAGAUGAUUGCAUGCCUUGCCCUGGAGGUCAGUUUCAGGAUCAGAGGGGGCAGAGCGAGUGUAAGCUCUGUCCUCCUGGUUUCCACUGCAUCAAUCUCACAAGCGGCUCUACGGGGGUCAGCACUCCUUUGGUCUGUCCUGAAGGCUUUUACUGCCCCAAUGAGACUCAGCCUAGAAACCCAGUUCCAUGCCCCAAAGGCUCAUACAGUGAUUCUUUAGGCCUCAUUUCAGCAGAACAAUGCCUGGUGUGCCCUAUGGGAUAUUUCUGCGGUUCAGAUGGUCUCUCCAAGCCCUCUGGGCCCUGUGCCCCUGGAUUCCUCUGUUUUGUGCAAGCAACAGUUCCCAACCCCACUGACAACAGCACUGGCACUAUGUGUCCACCUGGGGCAUACUGCCUUCUGGGAAUAAGAGCAGGUGAAUGUUCUGCAGGCUACUUCUGUGACUGGGGCUCCAGCAGUCCUGAGCAGAGUCUCUGUCCUGCUGGUUUCUAUUGCCCCGCAGGCACACACAAGCCCCUGGCCUGCACAGCAGGCACUUUCAGCUUCGUCUUGGGCAACAGCCACAGAGAAAACUGUGAACCGUGUCCAUUAGGCUACUACUGUCCGGGGGAAGCAGUAUCAGAGCCUCUUCCAUGUCCACUGGGACAUUUCUGCCCCAUGGGCACAUCACUAGGCACUCAGUUUCCCUGCCCUCCAGGAACAAUGCAGCCACAGUCUGGCACAGCCAGUAUGGAGGAUUGCUUACCGUGUCCUGCAGGCAUGUUUUGUGCUCGCCAUGGCCUUUCAGAGCCUACAGGCCACUGCCAGGAUGGAUAUCACUGUCCUUCGGGUGCCACGAGCCCUGAUGGCACUGGAAACAUGAUGGAAUCUACAGGCAACAACAUGUGCCCGGCGGGCCAUUAUUGCCCAGCUGGUAUCAGUUCUCCUCUCCCCUGCCCCGCCGGAACAUUCUCCAGCUCCCCAGGGUUGAGUGGGGCAGAGCAGUGCCAGCCAUGUCCUCCCGGGUACUUCUGUGAGCAGACUGCUAUGAUCCAUCCAUCAGAAGCAACUCUCUGUGAUGCUGGAUAUGUUUGUAUGAACGGCAGUCGUAGUGCUCGACCAGUAGAUGGACUACAGGCCUGGCACAUAUAG